AAAUACAUGAAUAAUGUGUUCCGAUAAAACGUUGUGUAAGUGUUAUAUUUUUGUUAAAAUAAUUAUGUUAUCUAAAUAAGGUAAUAACGAUGAAAGCAAAAGAAUGUGACAAUAUAAAUCGUCUAUAAUAUGUUGGUUUAUAAUUUUGAACAACUUAUUCGAUUUGAAUGCGUGCAUGCGUACGAACAUGCGUGCGUGUGUGCUUAUGUUUGUAAGUACAUCCUAAUUUUGUCGAACUGAAUGGAAUUGAGAUUGAUUAUAUUAAUCUGUAACAGUGUAUAGCCGAAAACAAGCUAAAUUCACUAAAGUUCGUAUUGUCGCGAAAAAGACAACAAACAUAAAGUAGUAUAAAUCAUCCAGCGUCAUUAAAUGAUGUUCUUAAAUUACCACAUUUAAACAUUCGGAACACUUGGCUAAUUUCCGAUAAUAUUGCUGGUCAUAGGAAAUACUAAAUCAAGUAGUUUUACCACUUCACUUGAAACAAGGAAACUUUAGAAAUAGUGUAUAUUAUAAUGCAAAUUAAACCAUUUUAUCUCUCAAAAGUAACGAUAUGUGAGACAAGCGAAGAAGGGGAAACAUGGCAGUAGACGGUCGUAAAAUAAGACCAUCUUUGUAUCAAGGUUCGGACAUAGAACAUGAUUUUCCGUGUUCCCCUUGUUCUAAGGGAGGGAAGAAUGAAGCCGCUAUCAUACACUGUGUGGAAUGUGAUGAAAAUCUGUGUCAAAGUUGUAUUGAUGAUCACAAUAAAUUUUCAUCCAUGAAAGACCAUCAGUUACUAGAUACAGUGAAACAACCGAGCGGGCGACAAAAGAAACUACCCAGCCAGAGAUGUGAGAAACAUGGAGGAAAAUUGAUAGAUGUCUACUGUCCUGGUCAUGACACAGUGUGCUGCUCGACGUGCAUAUCCGUUGAACAUAGUGGAUGUAAAGGAAUACUAUUCAUACCAGACAUCGCGUGUAAGACUGACACCUCUCAGAAACUAAAGCUGAUUGAAACUGAAAUAAACACUCUACAGGCCCGCUUUCAUGCUUUCAAACAAAACAAGCAAAAAGAACUGGGAAAUGCUAAGAACGAAAAGGGUAAAUUGAUUGAAGAAAUAAAAUCAGAAAGAAAGAAAAUCAACGACCGUUUGGAUAAGAUGGAACAAGAACUUCUUCAAGAAGCGGAUGCCAUCUUUCAGAUAAAACUGAAACGUAUAGAAUCAAACAUGAAAGAAGUUGAUGCAAGGAUCGCUGUACUACAAGAAAGUUUACAGAAGAUAAAUGCUGCUAAAUAUGAAAACGAAUCGGAGAAAUAUGUUCAGAUAAAGCGAGUCAACGAGGAAAGAAAAACUGCAAGCGAUUGUUUAAAAGACUUUGAAAGGCCAAGUAAAACAGGCAAAUUACGGUUCGAUCCAUAUCGACAUGAGACUGGUUCGGAAUGCAACACUAUUGGAAGCAUACUUCAUCUCCCAGCCAUUGAAGUCGAAAAAUGUUUUGGUGAAUUUAAUGUUCAGGUAGCAGAUGACAAGUAUAUAUGCGAUAUAUCUGACAUGUGUAUGUGUCAAAACGGUUAUAUAGUUAUGGUGGAUUUCAAGAACAAGCGGAUCAAGAAAAUGAACAAUUCCUUCAAGGUCACUUCUUCGCUGAAAUUUUCUAGCAAUCCUGUUGGUAUUUGUGAGAUAAACUCAUUAAUGCUGGCCAUUACUCUCUCUCCAGGAAAAGUUAUGUUUAUCUCACAGGAAGAUCCUAUUACAGUAACAAAUUCGUUCAACGUUUUUGGUAAAUGUCGAGGUAUUGGAUAUAACGACGGGAUGAUUUAUGUUUGCUGUGAUGGAUAUAGGGAUUUGGAAGGUCCUGGCCAAAUUAAAGUAUUUUCCAUUUCUGGAGUAUUUCGAUAUGAAUUAUCUUAUCAUGGUGGAAUUGAAUUGCCUCGACGUAUGGCAUUCUCAAGCUCUUCAAAGGGUUUCUAUGUGAUCGACGGGUAUAAAGGUAUCAUUCAUAUAGAUAAAAACCGUGACGUGUCAACAAAUGUGGCAAAGAGAGUCUCUGACUUUUCUUGUAUUUGCAAGAUAAACAAGAAUCUCUUCUGUGUGGCUCUUACAUCAAGCAAUUUACUUUUGAUGUCACAUGACGGGAAAGAUCAGGUAGAAAUACCGAUAAAACGAGCUGGUAAAGCACAUCUUCAGGGUAUAUGUUUCGAUAACAAAACAUCACGGCUUUUUGUCGCCUAUUUGGACAGUAGCACAGUUUUCGUUUAUACUUUAAAAGUAACUGUUUGAUUUAUUUUUAAAUGAACAUACCUGUGUAGCUUGUGAUUAAAUCUGAUCGGAAUACCGCUAGUGAAAUGAGGCAGAUGUGUGUCUCUGAAUAAAAGUUUUGACCGGUGUAAAGAAUAUUGCUUCAACAUUGUGUCACAAAAUAUGUAUGAAAUAGCAUGAACUAUAUAAUAUUUCUGGACGAUAUAUUGCAGCGUAAGAUUAUGUUAUAUACACAUAACUUGUUUUCAUUAAAAUGUUUAGGCAUGUUUAUUUGAUGACUUCAAACUUCAUAUGAAGUGUAAUAAAAAUACUAGUUAUGCAGCAAAAAAAUACAAUGAAAGGUUUAAAGUACAUUGAUAGAAAUUUCAUUCUAAUGACUGAUUUACACUAUGUGUGGCUUUUUAAUUAAAUACAUCAAAGAUAAGCAAAUAUGUAGGAAAACGCAUGUAAAAUUAUCUACGUAUGAAACACAGCUAAACUGACUUCAUAAUAAAAUAAUUACAAUAUGCUACCCAUAUUAUUCUGAUUGUGGACAGUUGUUGAGUUGUAUAUAGAACAAACCAAUGCAGUAACAGUACAAAUGAUAGCGCUAAAUAUAUGUUAGUGUUCAUAAGGAGGCAACUGAACAAUCUACAAAUUCAUUAAUUGUUGUUCUUGUCUUUCUUUCAUUUCGAUUGAUUGAUUGAUUGUUUGUUUGUUUAUUU